AUGGUUUUGAAAGCACAUGAACUUCGAGGAAAGUCCAGACAAGAGUUGGAGCAGCAGUUACAAGCGCUGAAGACGGAACUUCAGCAGCUGCGUGUGCUGCAGGUAAGCGGUGGCGGCGCUGGCAAGCUCGGGAAGAUUAAGGAGGUGCGCAAGUCUAUUGCUAGGGUAUUGACGGUUAUGUCUCAGGCGAGGAGAAAAGCGUUGCGAGAAGAAUACAUGAAUAAGAAGUUUAAGCCGUUGGAUCUGCGGCCGAAGCUUACGCGAGCGAUGCGGCGGAAGUUGUCGAAGACGGACGCCGCACGCAAGACCCUCCGUCAACAGAAGCGCGAGCAGAACUUUCCAAAACGGCGUUUUGCGAUCUUGCCCGUACCGCGUGAUUCUCUCAUGCAAUCAGAAUAA